AAUUUCGUAAAUUUAAAUUAACCGCCAUUAUGAAUGCCAUAGUUGUCUUACUGUGACUGUGCGCGAGAGGUUAUAUAAAUUGUAAAAAAUGGUGAAAAUUCUGAGAAAAGUGAUAUUUCUAGAUGAUUUAAAACCGAUAUAUCAUAAACCUUUCUGGGAGAAAACAGCAUUAUUAUGGGAAAAGUUUAAAGAAAGUAACCCUGCAUUAGGAUUAUUUGCACCUUUAGCUGCAGUAGUAAUUCCGAUUUUAGGUGGAUUAGUAUUUUAUAAAAAACUCCAUGAAAAUCCUUAUCCAAAGUAUUAUGAGUAUAUUAUGGUUUUGAGACCUGAUGAUCCAAGAGUUCAAAAUAUUAGGAAAGAUGAGUCAUUGAAAAUAGGGCUGUUAAAGGAAAAGGAUACAAUACUUAUGCGACAUUAGUUGUGUAUUGUGUACUUGAAUAAUAUAGUAAAUAAAUAUCUGUUAUUAAGUAAAA